AUGGGUGACUUGUACAUUAGAACUAUGGAAAAGAAACAGUAUAUAGAGGCAAACGGCUACAAGUAUGUGUGUAAAUGGGAGUGGGACUUCAAACAGGAACUAGAGAAUAAUCCAACUAUGAAACAAUACAUUCAAAGCUUGGAAAUCGUCACUCCACUGGAACCUCGUGAUGCCUUCUUUGGGGGUCGGACAGAAGCAUUUAAGUUAUACGAGGAAGGAACAGAGACGAGUCAAAUCAAGUAUUAUGACGUGACUUCGCUAUAUCCUUGGGUAAACAAAAUGGGAAAAAUACCCAUUGGUCAUCCUGAAGUUAUCACAGAAAACUUUAAAGACAUAAGCCAGUAUGAAGGAUUGAUCAAAUGUAAAGUGUUGGCACCUAAAGGUUUACAUUUACCUGUCCUGCCAAUGAAGUGCAAUAACAAAUUGAUGUUCAGCCUUUGUCGCGUGUGUACGGAAAACUAUCAACAGACGCCAUGCGAACAUAGCAACAACGAGAGGGCAAUGGUUGGAACAUGGGUGACAGAUGAGCUGAAAAUGGCAUUAAAGCAGGGUUAUACACUGUUACAAAUAUAUGAAGUUUGGCAUUUUGACAAUAUAUCCCAGUAUGACCCUGAGACGAAAACAGGGGGCGUGUUUACCGAUUAUGUUAACACCUUCUUAAAAAUUAAACAAGAGGCGAGCGGUUGGCCAGACUGGUGUGUUGAUGAAAACUCUAAACAAAAGUACAUACAAGACUAUUACAACACAGAGGGUAUCUUAUUAGACUACGUCAAAAUAGAGAAGAAUCCCGGUCUAAGAUCAUUGGCUAAAUUGAUGCUGAAUAGCUUCUGGGGGAAAUUUGGGCAACGAACAAACCUGACUCAAACUUCCUACAUUACAGACCCUUGUGAGUUUUUCGACAUGAUGACCUCAGACCAGCAAAAUGUAAAAAACAUACAAUUCGUCAACAACGAGUCUGUCAAGUUAGAAUGGGUGUAUAAUGACGACUUCAUUGAGACAUCAGGCAAAACUAAUGUCAUCAUUGCGGCCUAUACUACUGCUCAAGCCCGCCUUAAGCUCUACAGUUACCUGCAGCCAUUAGGCAGAAGGGUUCUAUAUUGUGAUACAGAUUCCGUGGUGUUUACAACAGAUGUGGGUCAGUGGGAACCGCCAUUGGGUGAUUACUUAGGAGAUCUUACAGACGAAGUGCCGAAUAACAGCAUCACAUCAUUUGUCACAGGGGGUCCUAAAAAUUAUGCUUACGGACUUGCUAUUCCAAAUAAAAUGGGUCAAAUGUCAAUUUGUAAAGUGCGUGGUAUUACACUGAAUUUCAAAAACUCACUUGAUAUUAAUUUUCAAACUGUCAAGGAUAUGGUUACCGGAAAGGUUGACGAGUGUGUUACUGUUGUAGACGAAAAUAAAAUUGUCAGGAAUCCCUCAACUGGACAUGUAAUUACCAAACGCGAAACGAAGGAUUACAAAAUCGUCUUCGAUAAACGAGUUAUCAGUAAAGAAUAUACUACAUAUCCGUAUGGAUAUUAA